AUGACUAAAGACAACUUGCAACAGAUCACUUCGGGAAUUGAAAUAGCCGAGCUUCCCAAAACCUUUCAGGAUGCUGUUACCGUUACCCGCGCUCUCGGUCUCAAGUAUCUAUGGAUAGAUUCUCUCUGCAUAAUUCAAAAGUCUAGCGCUGCCGGUGACGCAGAGUCCGCACAAGACUGGGCCAGAGAAUCGAAACUAAUGGAUCAAGUGUUCAGUCAGGCGUAUUUCACUAUUGCAGCAGGUUGUGCGGAACAUCGAUUUGAUGGCUUCUUGAAGCACAGAGCUGCGCGAGAAUUUGUAACUAUGUCUACGGAUGAUAAGGAACAAUUUCACGUUUGUGAAAUAAUAGACAAGUUUGAUGCAGAGGUGGAGCAAGGGGAAUUGAAUCAACGAGGUUGGGUAUUACAAGAACGUGCGCUUUCGAGACGGACAGUUCAUUUCACCGCUACACAGUCGUAUUGGGAAUGUGGAGAUGGGAUACUAUGUGAAACGUUUACCAAGACUACAAACCGAAAAGCCUCCUUUCUAAGCGACUCCAACUUUCCACUCGCAGUACAAGCCUACAAAGAAGGCAUGACCCUCCAACUCCACCAAAACCUCUACGAACGCUACUCUACUCUUGCUCUCUCCUUUCCCACCGAUCGUCCCCGCGCCAUCGCUGGUCUAGAACGCAGACUCAUGAAAGCAUUGCAUUCCAAAGGCGGCUACGGCGUCUUCCAAAGCAGCACCCGAAACCAGGAUUUUUUCCACCGAGGACUCUUGUGGCAGCGUGCUGGAAAGGAAUUGAAGCGGUUAGACGGCAUUGAGGGGAGUGUACCGACUUGGAGCUGGAUGGCGUAUGAGGGUGAGAUUCGGUAUAUGAAUGUGCCGUUUUUGGAUAUUGAGAAGAACAGGGAUAUUGGAUCGCCGUUUGAGGAUCUAGAGGAGGGAGUGGUGCAUUCUGAUUUGGUUGAUAGAGGGCCGGCCGAGUUGAGGGCGAGAGUCUGGAGGGUGAGGGAGGUGGUUAAGGGGAGGGUUAUUUGGGAUGAGGGUGAGGGUGUGCAGAAGAAAGGUAAAAAGGUAGGUGGUGGAGAUGAAAAUCAAAACUUGAAAAACGGUAGGAUGUGGUGCGUGAUUGUGGGCAAAAGCGUUAAGCCUAGGGAUGAGGGAAGGAUUGCUUAUGUUAUUAUGGUGGGACCGGUUACGGAUUUGGGGAAAGACAACCAGGGUAAAGGAAAGCUUUAUCAGAGGAGAGGCGUUGGGUAUUUGAAUGUGGAUGAUUUGGAAGACGAGGAUGGUGGUGGGCAGGAAAUUGGUAGCAUACGUUGA